AGGACGAGGCUGGCUGGGUGUUUGUGGGCGGAGAGCAGACACAGCACACGAGAGGAGAGGACGGGAGCCGCCUGCUGUACUAGGCCGCAGUGAAGCCUCGGGCUCGAGUGAUCGGCGCGGCCGGCGAUGGGCCCCUUACUGCUCGCGAUGCGGGGGCGCCACCUCUGCCUGACAGGAAUCCGGCGGCUACUUGCCCGGAGCGGGUCACAGGGCAGCCUGGCGCAGACUUUGCUGUGCCGGAGGAUAACCCCCACCUGUAAGGAGAUAACAAGCGUCCUGAUAAAGCAGAAUAUUCUCAGAGACCCGGCUCAGAUAUGGAGGCUUCUAGGGGGAAUUCAUUACUUUCAGACGACGGAAUCAAGAGGACAAAAAAACAAAAAACAAAAUUCAAAUGGGAGAAAUCAACAAGAAAAUGAAGAUGACAAGAAGAGAAGAGAACAAGGACUUCUCCUGCUGUAUCGGCGAUUGUUUGCAGUGCUGGUGAUAUUUACACUCUUCAGCAUCUUUUCUAAUGGGGGAAACAUUUUAGAAAUCUCCUGGAAUGACUUUGUAAAUGAGAUGUUGGCCAAGGGUGAGGUGGCACGGGUGGAAGUGGACCCGGAGAAGGACUGUGUGUAUGUACAUCUGUUUACCGAUGCAGUGCUGGUGGGCCAAGCGGUCAGGCGCCAAGUGUUCAGCAUGAAAGUCGCCAACAUAGACAAGUUUGAGGAAAAGCUUCGCGCUGCAGAAGACGCCUUAAACAUUUCAGAGAUGGAUCGCAUCCCUGUCACAUACCGGCGUAUCGACUUUUCUCGAAAACUCAUGUACGCUUUUAUCAUCGCUUCCCUUGCUGUUGGCGCUGUAUACUUAUUUUUCCGGGCAGCCGGGCUGACAGGCCGUGAGGGAGGUUUUUCUGCUUUUAACCAGCUGAAAUUGGCGCGUUUCACCAUCGUAGACGGAGCUUCUGGGAAGGGAAUCAGCUUUAAAGAUGUUGCUGGGAUGCACGAGGCAAAGAUGGAAGUUAAGGAAUUUGUGGAUUACUUAAAGAGUCCAGAGAGAUAUCUACACUUGGGGGCUAAAGUACCUAAAGGAGCGUUACUUCUCGGGCCUCCGGGGUGUGGGAAGACGCUGCUCGCCAAGGCCGUAGCUACAGAAGCGCAGGUGCCGUUCCUGGCAAUGGCCGGCUCGGAGUUUGUGGAGGUGAUUGGAGGUCUAGGUGCAGCACGCAUGCGCAGCCUCUUCAAAGAAGCUCGUGCCCGAGCUCCCUGCAUUGUCUACAUCGAUGAGGUCGAUGCCGUAGGAAAGAAGAGAUCCACCAACAUGUCUUCCUUCUCCAACACUGAGGAGGAACAAACCCUGAACCAGCUUCUGGUAGAGAUGGAUGGUAUGGGCACCACCGAUCAUGUGAUCGUGCUCGCCUCCACCAACAGAGCUGACGUUCUGGACAACGCAUUGAUGCGACCCGGAAGACUGGACAGACACAUCUUCAUCGAUCUCCCCACAUUACAGGAGAGAAGAGAGAUUUUUGAGCAGCACCUGAAGAGCCUGAAGUUGACACUACCGGGAAGCUUCUACUCCCAUCGCUUGGCCGAGCUUACUCCGGGAUUCAGCGGAGCGGAUAUUGCGAAUAUUUGUAACGAGGCGGCUCUGCACGCAGCGCGGGAAGGACAUCUGUCGGUGCACACCUCCAACUUUGAGUAUGCUGUGGAGAGAGUGAUUGCAGGUACCGUGAAGAAAAGCAAGAUCAUGUCAAAGGAGGAGAGGCGCGUGGUAGCGUUCCAUGAGUCUGGACACGCCCUGGUGGGGUGGCUGCUAGAAAACACUGAAGCUGUUCUGAAGGUGUCGAUCGCUCCGAGAACCAACGCCGCGCUGGGCUUUGCUCAGAUCUUGCCCAGGGAGCAGUUUCUCUUCACCAAGGAGCAGCUGUUUGAGAGGAUGUGUAUGGCGCUGGGCGGCAGAGUAGCCGAGGUCAUCACCUUCAACCAGGUCACCACCGGAGCUCAAGAUGACCUGAGGAAGGUGACGAGGGUGGCUUAUGACAUGGUGAAGCAUUACGGGAUGGUGCCCAGCAUCGGACAAGUGUCGUUCCCAGAUGGGGAGAAGGCCGGCGUUGGGAGACGACCGUUCAGCCAGGGGCUUCAGGAAAUGAUGGAUUAUGAAGCUCAGCAUUUGGUGGCCACGGCUUUCAAACAUACAGAGCAACUACUGCAUGACAACAGGGACAAAUUACAUCUGUUGGCCGAUGCCCUGUUGGAGCGUGAAGUCAUUAAUUACGAUGACAUCGAAGUCCUGAUUGGCCCUCCUCCGCAUGGACCCAAGAGAACGAUCUCUCCACAGAGCUGGAUUGAGGCCGAGAAGGACCAACAAGACACCGGAGAGGAGGAGCCACGCCAGCCGCCGCCUCCACAAGACCCGGAUAAUGACGCAAACCUGAACCCCGUGUGAGGAGGGAAGAAGGCGUCGUACAAUAUACAGACUAUGUGAUCGGAAUCCGCCAAUCGUGGAUCAUGUCACAGAAGAUCCUUUAUGGGGUUUAGCCUUGGCCAAAUGCAGAAUGAACCGACGGAUCAACUAAUGUGCGAAAUCUCAUUAUAUUGUUUUUCUGCCUGUGGCUUCAUCUGUGUGUUCAUUCAGUUUGUUCUAUUAGGCGUGUUUUGCCUUUUUACAGUUCUUCUCUUUGCUGCAUCCCUUAUCCCCCACCAGGUAGAUUUUACUGGGUGUCAUGAGUGAUCCCUCAAGACAUGGGGGGGGGGGGGAUUUA